AUGAGCGAGAUCGAGGACGGACUGCUGGCCAUUGAGGUUGAUACAGAUGAUGCGGAAUCUGGAGAUGCUCCCGUGGAAUCCCGCACGUUCCAAAGCGAGACAGAUUUCGAGCGCCAAAAAGCGGCCUACGCUGCAAAGGUCGAUGGCGGCAAGGCCUACAAAGAUCUCAUGGUCGCUGUGCCUGUUCUUGACCCUGCACAUGACUGCAUCCGCACGAAUGGCCAUGCCAAAUCCAAGCUGACGAAGAAAGAUGUCCAACUCCUGGGCUAUGCGGUGGCGCAGCUACUACGGCAAGUCUGA